AUGUCUGCGGAAAAACGUUUAAUCAGGGAAUACACUUCAUACAAGAAACAACCACCUCAUACCAACAACCACCAAAUAAUACAACUAUCCCCCGUCUCCGACGACUCGCUACUCCACUGGCAAGCAACCGUAGCCAAACCCACAAAGUCUGAUUCCCCUUACUACUAUGGCGGUAUCUGGAAACUAGCUAUCGAAGUUCCUACCAGCUAUCCCCAACAACCACCAACGAUCAAAUUCAUCACACCCAUAAUCCACCCCAACAUCAACUUCCAAACUGGUGAGAUAUGUCUUGAUGUGUUGAAAUCACAAUGGAGUCCAGCCUGGAACUUGGAAAGCUUGGUUGUCGCCAUUUUGCAAUUGUUGGAUAAUCCAGAACCGGAUUCACCGUUGAAUAUCGAUGCCGCUAAUUUAUACAGAUUGGAUAAAGUUGCAUUCGAAAGUUUGGUACAGUUUGAGAUUUGGAAAUGUGGUAACUUUUACCAAUUGAAUUUGAGUACUUUGAGCCAAAUGGACAAGAAACUGAGAUGUUUGACGAGGGACGUUUCAGGGGUGAAAUGUAACUAG